AUGGAAUCAGAAAGGAUAAUAUCUUAUAAAAAUAUAGAAGAUAAUAAUUGUUAUGGAUAUUCACAAAAAUUUGUUGAUGAACAUUUCGAAUUAGAAUAUGUUUCUCAAAAUGUUUAUAGAUCAAUAAAACUAAAACGUCGAAUGGAUGGAAUAGAUGUUGUAUUUGGAGGAAAUUUAUGUGCUCAAUCUUUAUGUGCUGCUGAAAAAAGUGUACCAUCUAAUUUUAAACCUCAUUCGCUUCAUUCAUAUUUUAUUUUAAGUGCUAAGCCUGAAGAUCCUGUUUAUUUUCAUGUUACAAUAUUAAAAGAUAAUCGAAGUUUUGUUAGUAGAAUUGUUGAAGCUAAACAAUAUGACAAAUUAGUAUAUUAUUGCACAAUUUCCUUUCAUGUUAAAGAAGAAUCAUCUAUUGAACAUCAAAUAAAAAUGCCAAAAGUUAAAAUGCCAGAAGAAUUAAAAAAUACUGUUGAGUUAGCUGAUAAAUAUUUAUUAGAUGAAAGAUAUGACAUUAUAAGAUUAAAACCUCAUGUUAAAAAAAUUUUGUUAGAUAAGUUACGUGAUUAUCGUGAUGAUGCACAACCAUUCGAAGCACGACCAGUCUCACCAGAACAUUAUUUUGGUUUAAUUAGUUAUGUUGGUGAACCAAUAUUAUUAUGGGUUAAAGCUAAAGAUGUAUUAAAAGAUAUUGAUGCUUAUCAUAGAUAUUUGACUGCUUAUAUUAGUGAUUAUACCUUAGUUUAUGCUGCUGAUAGGCAACAUGUAUCACAUGGCUAUGAACCAUCAAUGUACUUUUCAUUGGAUCAUCAUAUAUGGUUUCAUGAAUAUAAUUUUAGAGCAGAUGAAUGGUUGUUGUAUGAAAAUAGAAGUACAGUAGCAAGGAAUGGUCGAGCAUAUGCUGAGGGAAGAUUUUGGACAAAAGAUGGUAAAUUAAUUGUAUCCACAGCUCAAGAAUCCUUAAAUAGAACAAGAAAUUCUAAAUCAAAAUUAUAA